ACCGCUCCGGGCGCUGCACCGCGCCGAAGGUGAUACUGUCACGAUAGGAGAUGUAUCAUUUAAACUCAAAACUCCAAAGAACCCAGAACUUGUGCCACAGAAUUACAUUUCAGAUUCUUUGGGUCAAUCUGUCGUCCAUCAUCUAAGAUGGAUAAUGCAGAAAGAUCUUUUGGGGCAGGAUGUUUUUCUUAUAGGUCCCCCUGGGCCCCUUCGUCGAUCCAUUGCCAUGCAGUAUCUGGAGCUGACCAAGCGGGAGGUUGAGUAUAUUGCACUAUCCAGGGACACUACAGAAACUGACCUCAAACAACGCAGAGAGAUCCGGGCUGGGACUGCUUUUUAUAUUGAUCAGUGUGCAGUCCGUGCGGCUACAGAAGGGAGAAUCCUUGUGUUGGAAGGCUUGGAGAAGGCAGAGCGGAACGUCUUGCCAGUGUUAAACAAUUUGUUGGAAAACCGGGAAAUGCAGCUUGAGGAUGGACGAUUUCUUAUGUCUGCUGAACGCUAUGACAAACUGUUACAGGAACAUACUAAAACUGAGUUAGAUGCAUGGAAGAUUGUUAGAGUCAGUGAAGAUUUUCGAGUGAUAGCAUUAGGACUUCCAGUACCGAAGUAUUCUGGUAAUCCAUUGGACCCUCCUCUUCGUUCUCGAUUCCAAGCCAGAGAUGUUUAUUAUCUACCCUUUAGGGACUGUCUUCAGCUAUUAUACUCAGUUGGAUCCAACAUUUCUGCAGACAGAAUUUCUCAGCUCUUGUCUUUUGCUGCAACUCUUUGCUCCCAAGAGUCGUCAACACUGGGGCUUCCAGAUUUUCCAUUAGACGGUUUAUCUGCUGCAGUUCGGAUUAUGGAUUACUUUCCGAUGAUGUCAAUCCAACAUCUAAUCAAAUGGCUUUACCCUUAUAAUGUUUUCCUGGGAAAAGAAGGUAGGACUGCAGUUGAAGAUGCAUUAAAACGUUUUAAACUAAAGGAUUCUGGAAGCCAUUUGUGUCCCAGUAGUAUUACAAAAGUGGAAAGUGUACAAGGAAGCAAGACCUUACAGGCUGAUGUAACUGUCCAGAUUGGUGAAAAAGAAGUUACAUUCCAGGUUCCAGCUGGAACUAGACCAUUAAACCUGUAUUCUGGAUCAGAUACUUUUAUAAAGACAUCCAGUCAUAAGCAGCUCCUGGCAGAAAUGAUGCAGUCACAUAUGGUUAAGGAUAUGUGUUUAAUUGGAGGAAAAGGCUGCGGCAAAACAGUUAUUGCUAAGGAAUUUGCCGAUAUCCUAGGAUACAACAUAGAACCUAUCAUGCUGUAUCAGGAUAUGACAGCUCGAGAUUUGCUGCAGCAAAGGUAUACUCUACCUAAUGGAGACACUGCUUGGAGACCAUCUCCGCUUGUAACUGCUGCCCUGGAAGGGAAGCUUGUUAUUCUUGAUGGUAUUCAUCGUGUCAACCCUGGCACCUUGGCUGUCCUACAGAGGCUAAUCCAUGACAGAGAACUAACUCUGUAUGAUGGCACCAGGUUACUACGUGAAGACAGGUAUCAACAGUUAAAAGAAGAUUUGCACCUCUCAGAUGAGAAACUUCAGGAAAGGUCUAUCUUUCCGAUCCACUCCUCAUUCAGAAUAAUUGCCUUGGCGGAGCCACCUGUCCUUGGAAGUAGCACACAACAAUGGCUGGGCCCAGAGCUUUUAACUCUGUUUCUCUUUCAUAAUGUGAAAUCCUUAACCAAGAAUGAAGAAUUUCAAGUUAUUAAAGAAAUGAUUCCAAAUGUGCCCAAAGUUGCAGUAGAACAGUUGUUAUCAUUAACACACAAGCUUCGGAAAACUAAUGACCCCACCGCACAGUCACUGGCAUCAUCUUUAUCCACACGACAGUUAUUACGAAUUUGUCGACGGCUAUCUCAGUAUCCAGAUGAAAGUCUUUAUCAUGCUGUCGAUAAGGCCUGUCUCUCCAGGUUUUUGCCAAACCUUGCAAGAUCAGCUUUGCAUAAAAAUUUGCUGGAUUCUGGGAUUGAGACAAAUCCAGAUGAUAUAAGGAAACUGGAGGAGAAGAAUUAUAGUUAUGAAGUACAUAAUGAUAUUCUGAAGAUAGGGUCUACCAGUAUGCCGAUCUAUAACCCCAGUGAGAAAAUGAAAGUGCCUGAUGUUCUGUUUUAUGAAAACACCCAGCACAUGAUGGUGAUGGAGGAUAUGCUAAAGGACUUUUUGCUGGGAGAACACCUGCUUUUAGUUGGCAACCAGGGUGUGGGAAAAAACAAGAUUGUUGACAGAUUCCUUCACCUGUUAAACAGACCUAGAGAAUAUUUACAGCUUCAUAGAGAUACUACUGUACAGAGCCUUACCCAGCAGCCUUCAGUUAAAGAUGGUCUUAUUAUGUAUGAAGACUCACCACUGGUGAAAGCAGUCAAGUCAGGGCAUAUCCUGGUUAUUGAUGAGGCAGACAAAGCUCCAACAAAUGUUACCUGUAUUUUAAAAACUUUAGUGGAAAGUGGAGAAAUGAUUCUGUCAGAUGGGAGGCGCCUUGUUGCCAAUCCUGCUACUGUAGAUGGGAGAGAAAAUGUAAUAGUAAUUCAUCCGGAUUUUAGAAUGAUAGUUCUAGCAAAUAGACCUGGAUUUCCUUUCUUGGGAAAUGACUUUUUUGGCACCCUAGGGGAUAUUUUUAGCUGCCAUGCUGUUGACAAUCCCAAACCACAGUCAGAGCUUUCUAUGCUUAAACAGUAUGGUCCUGAUGUUCCCAAGCAAGUCCUUCAGAAACUGGUAGCUGCUUUUGGAGAACUGAGGAGCUUGGCUGACCAAGGAAUUAUUAACUAUCCUUAUUCAACCAGAGAAGUUGUGAAUAUCGUAAAACAUUUGCAGAAAUUUCCAACCGAAGGGCUUGCAGAUGUGGUACGAAAUGUAUUUGACUUUGACUCCUACAACAAUGAAAUGCGUGAGACUCUUAUCAAUACUUUGCACAAACAUGGAAUACCUAUUGGAGCAAAACCAACCAAUAUACAGCUGGCUAAGGAGCUACCAUUGCCAGAUCAUAAAUUUAUGGGCUACUGGAGAGUUGGUCAGUCAGGGAAUGCACAGCAAAAACUGCUGUGCCCAACAGAAACUCAGCAUGUAAAUGUAAAGGGCCCAGUAUAUUUAAACAUUCAGGGAUUUCCAUUGGAACGGCACGAAGCUAGGUCCCUCAGUUUCACAGAAGAACUUGCUUUUUGGACCCUGCCUUUGAAUGAAGUGAACUUAGUCUGUGACAUCGCUGUAGCACAAGAAGAAGAGGCUGACAAUAUUCUUUAUGUGGCUACAUGCAAUCCGAUUUCUUUAUAUUUUAUGAAUGUUUCCAGUAAAAAUGGAUACUUUGUAGAUUUUUAUGACCUUUUCCCAAGAACAGUUGGAAGUAUGUGGCAGCCCUUUGUGACUGUGGCCCCACUGGGAAAUCCACUGAAAGGUCAAGUGAUUCUACAUGAACAGCAGAGUAAUGUAGUCUUGUUGCUGGAUACAAACAAUGGGACCAUUCGUCGACUUUUAUUCUCACCAGAAGCUGAAGAAGCUCCUAAGAGAAUGUCCUGGUGGGGCAACAAGGAAGAACUGAGCAAUCACAAAAUGUGCAGAGAGUUUUCACAUAAAAACUGGCUGGUGUUCUACAAAGAAGGAGGAAACCAUCUUACUGUGCUGGAUGUACUGGAGGGUCAGACUCAUACCAUCUCGCUACCUAUCAAUCUCAAAUCUGUUUUCCUAGUGGCUGAAGAUCGUUGGCUUGUGGUGGAAAACAAUACAAAUCAGAAAUUUCUUUUAACCAAGCAAGUGCAUAUGGAAUCUGAAGAGAGUGGAGUUUGUCAGCUGCAUGUGUUGAGUGACGAACCAGUUGACACAGGAUUUGGUUUAACAGCAGCAUCAGAAUUGUGUGUGCCACAUGCAGUAUCAAGUGACCAGCUAUCUUCAGAAAAUCUAAGUGUGGCUGUGGGACAAAAGAUCAGCUCUCCCAACAGAAUGAUCUCGGAUGAGCAUAAUUAUGCUACCAUUGUUGUUGGCUUCCCAGAUCUUAUGUCUCCCAAUGAGGUGUACAGCUGGAGGAGAAGAUCUUCUUUGGGCAGCAGGCAUGCUUCUCCUUCUGAUCCCUUUUACUAUGGAGGACUCAGGAAAACUGGAGCUCCCAAACAAAUCAAUUGCAUGGCUUUAUUGGCUUCAAAUCAGGUAGUCAGAAUUUUAGCACCUGGAGACGUGCCUUUGAAGGAGAUUUACCCAAAAGAUGUCACUCCUCCACCAACAGCUGGGUAUAUGGAAAUAACAGACCUAAACUCAAAAAAACUUAAAUACAUCCCUAUUCCUAGGUCAGGAUCUCUUUCACUAUAUACAUCAUGGCUGUCAAAGAUUUCAGACACAGAUGUUCUGUUGGCACCACUGGGCAAAGUAGGCUUGGUUACCGUGGACAUGGGAGGCAGUGUCAGACUUUGGGAGACAGGACUUGAUAGUCUACAGCGCUCUCUGCAGGACUGGAGAAAUAUGAUUGGACAAGAGGAUGGUAGACCCAUGCAGAUAACCAUCGAGAGAGACAGUGGUUUGGAUGUGAGCUCCCCUAAGCAUGGAAAGAUAGAUCAAGACAACAUGCCUCAUGUUGGUGGGAAUACCUGGGCUGGUGGAACAGGUGGGAGAGACACAGCAGGGCUGGGCGGCAAAGGUGGGCCCUAUCGACUGGAUGCUGGUCACAAGGUUUACCAGAUAUCUCAAGCUGAGAAAGAUGCUGUUCCAGAGGAGGUGAAGAGAGCUGCAAGGGAAAUGGGUGAAAAGGCUUUUAAACACAGAUUAAAGGAGAUCAAGAUGAGUGAAUAUGAUGCAUCUACUUACGAAAGGUUCUCUGGAGCGGUCCGACGGCAAGUUCAGUCACUCCGAAUCAUUCUAGAUAAUCUGCAGGCCAAAGGUAAAGAAAGGCAAUGGGUGAAACACCAAGCUGUUGGAGAGCUAGAUGAUGCCAAAAUAAUUGAUGGACUGACCGGAGAAAAGGCCAUUUAUAAACGAAGGGGAGAACUUGAGCCACAGCCUGGGAGCCCCCAGCAGAAGCCUAAAUGUUUACGCCUGGUAGUAGAUGUUUCUGGCAGCAUGUACCGCUUUAAUGGGGUUGAUGGUCGACUGGAGCGCUCUAUGGAGGCUGUCUGCAUGGUCAUGGAAGCCUUUGAGAAUUACGAGCACAAGUUUAAGUACGAUAUCGUUGGACAUUCAGGCGAUGGCUUCAACAUUGCGUUGGUUGGGUGUGACAAAGUUCCUAAAAACAAUAAGCAAAGAUUAGAGAUUCUGAAGAUAAUGCACGCACAUGCUCAAUUCUGUAUGAGUGGAGACCAUACACUGGAAGGGACAGAGCAUGCUGUUCGUGAAAUUGCCAAAGAAGAUGCUGAUGAGUACUUUGUCAUAGUCUUAAGCGAUGCAAACUUGGAGCGAUAUGGUAUCCCACCAGCAAGGUUUGCCCAGGCCUUGACACUCAACCCACAAGUGAAUGCCUUUGCUAUAUUCAUAGGAUCCUUAGGAGACCAAGCAGACAGGCUGCAGAGGACACUACCAGCAGGCCGGUCUUUUAUUGCCAUGGAUACCAAGCAGAUCCCACAGAUCAUGCAGCAGAUCUUUACAUCCACCAUGUUGUCAAGUGCCUAAGUGUCCUUACUGCCAUUGCUGUAAGGAUGUAAGAAGACUUAGACAACCUAGCAAGCUCCAUUGUUAAUUUGUUUCAUCACCAAUGAAAAUACAUUUUUCUCAUAGUAAUUGACCCUGGCACAAGAAAUGAGAAGUGUAAGGAAGAACACUCUCUCUGAACGGCUUAGCGGAAGCCGUGCUACUUUGCUACAACUGAUGAAACUACACAGAAGAGCCCCCUAGCUUUUUUGGAGUGUGGUGGAAACAAGUCUGUUACUCUCUUUUUAUGAAACAAAGUUGUAAAGAGUCCAAUUUCAAAUCACACUAUGCUGCAUUUUUGUAGCGUUGCCCUUUUCCAUCCUGUCAAUCCUACAAAAGCAUUGGGCCUAAUCUUGUAAAUUUUCAUUUCAAUAUGAGACCAUUGAAGAUGUUCAUCACUUCAGAGAAUUCUUUGCUUCCCAGGAUCAGAUGUGCCUUCUUAACUUCCACAGGCUCUGUCUUUAUUAAAUUGAAGUGAUUCUUUCCAGCUGGAAGUUCAGGCAUUUUCAAAUAUUAUAUCUGAAAUAGAAUGAUUUAAAAGCAGACUAAACAAACUUUCAUGACUCUCUAUACUUCAGAAGCAGUGGUAUUCUUGUGUGUUUUGUUUUGUUUUUCUCGAUCUAAUUUUAAACAACUGCAAACUUUGACCUACAAGAACAAUACACUUUGCCCAAAUAUUGUGAAGCCAUUGUUCAAACUAUACAGAUAAAUCUAACUCAAAAUAGAUGCUACUUUGAUAGUCUGGGCAGUUUUUAAAUGCAAUUGUCUUAAUUUAUUGAGCCUGUUAAUGGAAAACACGUUUUCAAAUAAUUGUUAGUAUUGUUAUGAUAAUUCCAUCCAUGAAAAUAAAGAAGUUAAAGUUGGAAUUCCUCUUUGGAGAGAAGAGUAAAUAAGGAAAAUCCUUUGGCUGAAAUUAAAUAAAGAUCCACCUUCAGCUAGGUACUAUUAAAAUGUGUAAUGCAUAUCUGAAAAUAUAGCACCUGCUUUAGAUCUGUAAGCACAUUGUUGUAUUGAUGAGAACCCAUUGGUAAUCACUUGACUGCCUUUAGUGUCAAAUUUCAGUCGUAUUUGUUUAACAUGCAUUAGUUUAGAUCCAAUUUUGAACUAACGUUAUAAAAAGAUGAUUUUAAACAUAAAUAUUUAAGCUGACAGUGUAUAUAACAUACCUCAGAUUUAAAAAAAUCAAGAUUUCUUUAUUAUUGUACUACUAAAGCUUCUUUUGCACUAGUCAGCUUUAUUUUUGUUUCCAAGUAGUAUCUAUUCCAUUUUACUUUCAGAUUCCAUGUACUAAUGAAUGCUGCCCUGUUUGCAACCCAUAUACUUCAGGGGAAUGGUAAUGGGUUUUUUUAAGCAGCACUGAGUGGAACUUGAGACAAAAAACACGCAAUGAUAUGAUUUCAUUUGGGUUCUGGAAGGGGUUUAUUUUUACAAGACUGAAAUUGUGGGCCAUAUUUGACCUGACAGGGCUCCUUUAAAUUGUUAUAAUACAGUGAAAAAUUUCCCCUGGGCUCCUUUCUCUCUGCCUUUCAUCUCUUCAACAUCCAUCUGUUUAGCACUGAGGAAUCAAAGUAACAGCUAUGUUUUUUUCACUUCCCAGAAAAACCUACAAUAAUUUUAUUCAAAUGUUCAGCCCAUUAAUAUAAGAAUCUAGCAAGCUCACAAUGGUCUUCAGUGUUCCUGAGCAUGGCAGAGCUUUCAAGUAGACAUUUAAGUUCUGUUCACUUAAGCAUGUCAAUUAGCUGGUCAUGGACAUACUGGAUCACAGCUAUUGGACAGGUUGUAGUCUUCCAUUUGUUUACAGCAUAUGUACCAAUGACCCUCCUAAACCACCAUUUGAUUUAGUCAGACUUUUCUUUGUAUUAAAAGGGUAGACAGCACUUUUCAGCUAUUCUCACUGUUUAGUAUAAACACCUUAAACGUUUGAACCCUAUAUGUAUUAUUUAUGGAAAUGUCAUUACUUCAUUAAAUGGGUAUCAUUUUAGGGUUCUGGCCUGCUGCCACUGAUCACAAGUCUCCGCAUUCUUUAUUUAAAUAAUUAAACUACCUCUAUUAAUGCAUGUCUUUAUAUAUUUCAUUCAAGAAAUUAAGUGUGUAUAUAAUGAAAUAUGUGUUUCUUUUUCAUUUCACAUAGCUUGAGAUAGUUUGUAUUUAUUACCAUCAGGGUUAUAAUUUAAACAGUAUUGCUGGAAAGAGUAUAAAUAGGAUAAACUAAAAUUUUGCUGGAACAUGCAGAGGAUAUUAAAUAAGUACCAGUACAUUUAAAUAAAAUGCUUGUGAGGCAUUGUUGCACAAAUACAUGUGAAGUGGUUCUGGUGCUAGGGUUAAGUGUGAAAAGACUUAAGAUCAGGGCAACCAAGCAGUCAUAGUACAAGCUGCCUAUACAGAUGCUGGUUCAUGUUUUAAUUAGCAAGUGUUGGAGCAGACUUGAUUAACUGAGUCUUCUCUACGCUCCAAUUAAAGCACUCUAGCAUCACACCCCUAUCAUGUCUAUUAAGCAUCUGUGCAUUUUAAAAUAGGUGCCAGGACAUUUUAGCUAAACCUCAAUGGAUAAAGUUUAGCUAAAGCAUCCUGUUACCAUUUUUAAACAUGCAGGGACUUAACAGAUGCAAUGAUGAGGCUUUUUAAUUAGAGUGGCUCUCUGGGAACCACUCUAAUUAAAACACUUUCCUCCCCAGCCCGCACACUCCUCAGCACAUGUACAGGCAGCCUCAGCUUUGUAUUUCAGCUUUGUAUUUUGACAUUUAAAGUCAGGCAUCUCUAGCUUUGUUUCCUUGGCAGAUGUUGUGCCUAAAACAUUGUCAGGAAUGUAAUACCAUAGCUCAGGGUCUAAUGUGGUGACAUAACAUCUUAAUUUCUGAUUUAAUAUAUGUGUUAAUAUAUGCAUUGGAUAUGGGAGUUUAUUUGCAAACUAUAAAAUAACUUCACUGCUGAUGUAAGGUUAGAAACAUAACUGAUGUGAAAGCAGUAGAGUUAGUUUUUUAUGCAGUGAUUUUUUAAAAAUCAUUAAUUAAAUAAGCUCAACUAAUAAAAAUCAUUUUGUGCUAUGGUUGUUUUUGCCCACUGUCUACUCAUAAACAGUUAUAAUACAUUGGAGGAUGUAGAUACAGUUAUAAUACACUGGAGGAUGAUUAACUUGCUGAGAAAUAAAUUACAUUUAUAAACAUAUACUGAAUCCAGAAAGAUAUACAAGCAUCAAUAAAGUUUCCUUUGAAAUUGUUA